CUUUGUUAGUCCAAAAUGGGUGCCACAAAUGGGCGACAACACGGAAGUGCUGCGUAGCAUACAGAAGCGAACGGGUAUCACUUAUCCAGUGUUAACGCCUAAUUUAAAAGGCUUCGAAAGCGCUCUAAAAGCAGGUGCAACCGAAGUAGCCGUCUUUGGUGCAGCAUCCGACUCCUUUUCAAUGAAAAAUAUAAAUUGCACCGCAGCUGAAAGUAUCAAACGCUUCCAACCGGUCAUAGAAGCGGCACAAAAGGCUGAAGUUAAAGUACGCGGCUAUGUGUCUACAGUGGUUGGUUGUCCUUAUGAGGGCGCAGUGAAACCUAGCGCUGUGGCAAAAAUUGUGGACGCACUUUUCAGUAUGGGUUGUUAUGAGAUAUCAUUGGGCGACACCAUCGGCGUAGGUACACCUGGUUCUAUGCGUCGCAUGUUGGAUGAAGUAGUGAAAGUUGUGCCGCCAAAGAAAUUGGCGGUGCAUUGUCAUGACACCUACGGGCAAGCGUUAGCCAACAUACUUGUCUCCUUAGAAUAUGGCAUAGCAGUUGUUGAUUCCUCGGUUUCGGGGCUCGGCGGUUGUCCAUACGCGCGCGGUGCUUCUGGCAAUGUGGCCACAGAAGAUGUAGUUUAUAUGCUGCAUGGAAUGGGUAUUGAAACAGGCGUAGAUCUAGAGAAAUUAAUAGCGGUCGGUCGCUACAUCUGCAAUGAGUUGGGCCGUCCAUCCGAAUCUAAAGUAAAUCGUGCUUGGAAGAACGCGAAACCACAAAAAAUAUAAAAGAAUUGCUAACAGAAAAAUAGUGGCAUGAAUUCUAUGAAAUUGACACCGAAACUGCGAUAAUGUUGCAUUUAAUAAACUAGCUUUACUAGUCUA